AUGAAUGGAUUUCAUAUUGAUGAUUACCUUAUGAAUUCAGACAAUUGGAAUAUUUCACAACAAAUUGAUUAUUCAAUAAAUCAAUCUCAGUUUGUUGAAUUAUCUAAUGUAAAUUAUGAUUAUCAAGUAUCAAAUGAAAUAAAUUUAAAUCAUUUCAAUCUAACACAACCUUCAACAACAAUAUACGAUUUACAAUUACCACAAAAUUCUUCUUCAACUUUAAAAUUUCAUACUAUUCCAAAUGUAAAUUCACCAAAAUAUCAAUGUCUUGUUUGCAAUGAUUUUUCAACGUCACAUCAUUAUGGUGUUCGAACAUGUGAAGGAUGUAAAGGUUUUUUUAAACGAACAGUACAAAAAAAUGCUAAAUAUGUCUGUCUAUCUGAUAAACAAUGUCUUGUUGAUAAACGUCGUCGUAAUCGAUGUCAGUGGUGUCGAUUUCAAAAAUGUUUAGCUGUUGGAAUGAUGAAAGAAGUUGUUCGUACGAAUGAAUUAAAAGGACGUCGUGGUCGAUUGCCAUCGAAAUAUUUAUCAAAUCAUGUUCAACUUCAAACUAAUAAAACUGAAUAA